AUGGCGGCGGCGGUGGGGCGGGACACUUUACCUGAGCACUGGUCCUACGGCGUCUGCAGGGACGGGCGCGUCUUCUUCAUUGACGACCUGAGCCGCACCACCACUUGGCUGCAUCCGCGCACCGGCGAACCCGUCAACUCCGGCCACAUGAUCCGCUCAGACCUGCCCCGCGGAUGGGAGGAGGGGUUCUCGGAGGAGGGCGCCAGCUACUUCAUCGACCAUAAUCAGCAGACCACGUCAUUUAGACAUCCUGUGACAGGACAGGUUUCUCCAGAAAAUAUUGAAUUUAUUUUGCGAGAAGAACAGAAUUCAUCUAUGUCCAACCAACAAAUAAACCAAAGGCCUUCAAGCAUGGUCAGUGAAACGUCCCCUGCAGUAACUACGUCUGCUGUUGAUACAAAACCUGGCUCUAAGGUUGUGAAGACUGGAAACAAAGUUCACAGCUUUGGAAAGAGGGAACAAGCGAUCAGGAGGAAUCCCAAUGUUCCUGUGAUAGUAAGAGGCUGGCUGCACAAGCAGGAUAGCUCUGGAAUGCGGUUAUGGAAGAGACGAUGGUUUGUGCUUGCUGAUUUUUGUUUGUUUUACUACAAAGACAGCAGAGAAGAGUCUGUUCUGGGGAGCAUCCCUUUGCCGAGUUAUGUAAUAUCUCCAGUUGGACCUGAAGAUCGUAUAAAUCGCAAAUUUUCUUUUAAGGCUGUUCACACAGGUAUGAGGGCAUAUAUUUAUAACAAGAAUUCUGUCAUUGGCUCUCAGGCAGAGCACACAGGGAUGAGGACGUACUACUUCAGUGCUGACACCCAGGAGGAUAUGAAUGCCUGGAUCCGGGCUAUGAACCAGGCUGCUCUCAUGCAGACACGCUCCUCACUGAAGAGGGAAACUGAAAAAGUGGAUCAGCAAGCUGUUCCCCAAGUCAAUCAUAUGGAUGCCUGCAAAGAGUGUGUGAAGGCAGAGAUUACAGACACAAAAGAAAGUUAUCAGAAAUCAGCUGAAAUGCUUGGAUUCGAUAAGCGUGAAGAGAUAAGAAGAGAAAAGGAGGAGGAGGAGCGUUACAUCCACAGAAAAGAAACUCUGGAAACCAAAAAGGGAAAGGCUAAGCAUGCAUUAACAGAAGCUGAUUCAUUAUUUCCAGGCUUAUGGAAUUCAUCGUGGUCCCAAGUAGCUCAGCCUCAGCCAGCUGAGAAGAAUGGAACUCUUCCUAGUUCAUUAAGUAUGAGUGCUGGGCUAGUGGAGCAGAAUGGUACUGGCUCAUAUAAAAGAGGGUUUGUUCCCAGAACAAAUCCAGAUAAGCAGUUUCAAAGGAAAAGUAACAUGGCUCAAGUGGAGCACUGGGUGAAAGUCCAGAAAGGAGAUACAAAAAGCCUCACUUCUGAUCAGACUCUUACACGUCAGGGUCCCAGUCCUCCUUUUCCUGAAAACUAUCACACUUUGCCAAAGAAUACCUGGCAGCCUUCAGGGAGCUCACCGCCACCAAACCGCAAUUUGCCGAGUGACUACAAAUACGCACAAGAUCGUGUCAGCCACUUGAAGAUGUCCCAGGAGGAGAGGAAAGCAAAUAAGGAUGGAACUGUGUGGCAGCUGUAUGAGUGGCAGCAGAGACAGCAGUUCAAACAUGGCAGCCCCACGGCCCCACUUUAUGUAGCUUCUUCAGAUUUCAUUGAUCGUGCUAAGUCCAAAAGUUCAUUAGAUGUUCCACGAUCAAUAUCUGUUCCGCCCUCUCCAUCUGAUAUUCCUCCACCUGGACCUCCAAAAAACGUCCUCCCACGGAGACCACAUACUCCUGCAGAAAGGCUCACGGUUAAACCAUCUGAUGAGAGACAGGCUGUGGAUGUUCCUCUUGCUGGAUCCCCCAGGAAGAUUUGGAAUCGUGCUGUAAAGAGCUCCACUCACCUGGAUCGCCGCUCCAUGCCUGCCAUGGGCUACAUGACGCACACGGUGAGCGCACCCAGCUUGCACGGCAAGUCGGCGGAUGACACUUACAUCCAGUUGAAAAAAGAUCUGGAGUAUUUGGAUCUAAAGGUGACAGGACAUGACACGUUGAAAGAAAGAAGUGCAAAACCUGUCAAGGUGGCAGAAAGUGAUAUUGAUGUGAAACUGAGUGUUUUCUGUGAGCAGGACAGAAUUCUGCAGGACUUGGAGGACAAAAUAAGAGCCCUUAAGGAAAAUAAAGAUCAGCUGGAGUCUGUUUUGGAGGUUUUACAUAGGCAGAUGGAUCAGUACAAAGACCAACCACAGCAUGCAGAAAAAAUAUCUUACCAGCAGAGACUUUUGCAAGAGGACCUUAUACAUAUUCGGGCUGAAAUAUCCAAAGUUUCAACGGAGACGGAAAAAGCUUGGAAUGAGUAUCUGAAAUUAGAGAAGGAUGUGAGCCAACUGAAAAAAGCCUUACAGGAGCAGAUGAACAGUUCAUUGGUAUCUCAGGAGAAAACACAAAUACAAAAAGACUUGUGGAGAAUUGAAGAUGUUACAGCUGGCUUGAGUGCAAAUAAAGCAAACUACAAAACCAUAAUAGAUUCUAUAAAGAAUCCAGAGAGAAGAACAGUGCCUUCAUUUUCUCAGUCUUCAGUGCCUUCCUUACCAGCUUCCCUUGCUACUGUGGAGGGCAAACUUUCUGUCCCGCAGAGCCCUCCGCGCAGUCCAGUGAAAUCCCCUCUGGAGGUCAGGCUGUAUCCACAGCCUUAUUUCCAGACCAGGACACAGCACCAAGCACAGCAGCUGAAAAAAAUCGAGCCACCUCUUCAGUCACCAGUCAAGCUCAAGCCAAAGGUUGAAGAUGAAGCACCACCCAGACCUCCUCUCCCUCAGCUGUACAGUCCUGAGGAUCAGCCACCAGCUGUCCCACCCCUCCCAAGGGAAGCCACUGUCAUCAGACACACCUCGGUGCGGGGCCUGAAGCGUCAGUCAGAUGAGAGAAAGAGAGACAGAGAGCUUGGCCAGUAUGUGAAUGGAGAUUACAGGGUGGAACUGCGUUCAUACAUGAGUGAACCAGAACUGGCAAUGAUAGGGGGUGAUCUCAACAACCCUUCCAGUGCUUUAAUAAGCCCUGACAGUGGAUACCAGACAUUACCUACCCGUGGUUUGUCUGGAUCAACUUCCAGAUUGCACCAGUCAUCUACCAUUUCAUCGUUUGCAACACUUCGAAUGGAUAGGUCCAAGGAGAGACCAAAGAGUGCCUUGGAACGUUUAUACUCUGGAGACCACCAAAGAGGCAAGAUGAGUGCAGAGGAGCAGCUAGAAAGAAUGAAGAGACAUCAGAAGGCAUUAGUGCGGGAACGCAAGAGGACUCUUAGUCAAGGAGAAAGGCAGCCUGUUUCAUCUCGCUCUUUCAUCAGGCCCGUGUCCGCAGAUGUCGGCUCAUGGAAACGAGAGCAAGAAUUUGAUUUGCAGUUACUUGAGAGGGCAAUUUGUGGAGAAGACAAGGAUGAAAAUGAAUGGUUAAAAGUUCAGCCAGUUGCAGUGACAGAGACAGACCUGGAGCCUCAAGACUAUGAUUUAGAUAUCAGCAGAGAGUUGUCAAAACCUGAGAAGGUUGUAAUUCCAGAACGUUAUGUUGAACUGGAGCCAGAGGAGCCUCUUUCUACAGAAGAACUGGCGGCAAGGCAGCGUAAAGCAGAAAAGAUAAAGAAUAUUCUUACUAAAUCAAGUAUGCACAAUCUGCAGCCUACUGUUGCCCAGGACAAACACAACUCGAUUGAUUUAGAUUCACAGCUGCAGGAGCAGGAGCGCAUCAUUACCAUUUCAUAUGCUCUGGCUUCUGAAGCCUCUCAGAGGAGCAAGGAGGUAGCAGCUCAGCAGUUGACCUAUCCACCCAAAGCACCCUCACCUUCUGUACCACAGCCACCUCACUCUCCCUUAAGCAAUGGAUUUCACUACACAUUUGUUUAAACACCUUCCAACCAAAGCAGUAAGUGAGCACUGACGUGAGACUGGAGGAAAAUCCCACUUUCUGACAUCGCGUAGAAGACAGAGGAGAUUCUUUUCCAGGUUUCUGUGGAUGGUUUGUACUCGUUGGAUGGUGACACCUUCUUCUGGAAAGACAUUCAGAGAAUAAUAGGGGGAUUUUCUAUGAAAAUGAAGAGAACUGCAGAUCAUUUUUUAUUUACUUCAGUUUAGUUCACACUUUUUAUAUGAAUAAAUGGCACUUUUAAUAAACUCUGUAAAAUACUGACAAUGUAUUUUUAGAGCUAUGUAUUUUAGGUUUUUUUUUUUUUUUUUAAUCAAGGGCUGAAUUCAUUUUAAAAGACACUUCUUGCAUAGAUACUAAAAGAUGCUGUUACUUCCCCCUCAGGCUCAGAUGCACAUCAUAAAGUUUUAUGAAAAAAACCCUGCAAAUUUGAGUAAACCUAGAAGCACAUUCACAGGGUAUGGAUAGAGCUAACAUGCGUGACAGGUUUGGUGAAAGGGUGUUUCAGAUUGAAUAUUUUUGUAGAGUUAAUCACCCACCCUUUUGCCCAUUAAAUAAUCCAUUGCAAGAACUGUUAUCUUGAAUUUCUAAAUAUUAGUAACCACUGUAGCUGAAAUUUCCCAAGAAAGCCAUAACAAAAGCCAGUUUUAACUCCCUUUUUUUUGAUGCCAGAUUAUUACCUUGCUGGUAUCAAUCCACAGUUUGCUAGGUUGCCCUUGAAAGUAGUGCUAACAAACAGCUAACAAAUUUUUUUUUGAAGUUGAGAUGUGAAAGAAGAUGAUUUUUAAUUAAAAUAUGAGAAGUAAGCAAUAAACAAUUACAAUGUGUCAUUUGGCUAGUAAAUACAUAUUUUUCUUCUGAUUUUUUUUCAAUAGACAUUACAAUAUGAUGUACUGUCUAGUAUUUAUCCUAGAAACAGCAAAGCAAGUGGAAUGUGGCACCUGCUAAUUUCCUGUGUAUGUUCACCUGGUGCUUAUCAUUGCCAAACUUUGAAAUUCUGUGCUGUACUUCUGCAUAGAGCAAUGGGUGAGCUGGUUAAAAUAAGGAGAAAAUAAGAUUAAAUGUAUUGCUGCAACUUUAAAAAACCCUGUGUAUGCAUCGAAUGCAAGACAUGCAAAAACUUCCCGAUGUUAUGUAAUUAGUAGCUGAAUUCAGCUCUGGAUGAGAAAUACUUCUGCAGUAUUUUGUGAAACCACUAACUUGUUUAUUCCCUGUAUCCAAGUAGCAGCUAAAAACCCCUUGGAAUUGACCUUUGUGUUUCAGACUUUAAGACAAAUCAUCAUAUAUUAACACUAUACUCAUAAAUAUUCUUAAAAGUAUAUAUUUAGCUAAUGCAAUCUAUUUUACCUCAAUACUGCCAGUAUCAACUUCAAAACCUUUUGCCAAAACAAUGAUUUUUUUUUUGCCUUUAUAAAAAAGUUUUGAAAGCAUAAAUGAAUAUUUUGAAAGAAAACAUUAAUUUAAAUAAAAUGUAACCGUUUGGAAAGUGGUAUGUGUAUAGAUUAAAAUAUUAACAUAAA